AUGAUUGAUGCGAACGGUUGCAUACAAAACAGCGAUCUGCUUUGCACUUUGAGACCCUUUUGGUUCGAGGCAUCGGGUGUCACAACUGACGCGGCAAAGCUCAACAUAGUUGCCGCUAGCAUACCACAGGCCAAGCUCAUGGAAUUGCGUUCCAUCAUUGAUGCUGCUCCCGCUACAGGGCGAUACAAAUACAUCCAGACAAAAUUGACAGAAAAUUUUACCGAGAGUCAACAACGCCGCCUGCAACGCGUAUUACGCGAUAUGCCAUUAGGUGACAGCCGGCCGAGCGACCUGUUCAACGAAAUGAAGCGCGCUGCUGGAUCCACAUUAAGUGAAAGUAUUUUACAUGAUUUGUGGGUCAAUCGUUUACCCCCAUAUGCACAAGCAGCCAUUAUCGCAACGAACGUACCAAUCCUGGAAAAAUUAAAAAUCGCUGAUUCCAUAUCAGAAUCAAUGCAGUUGCGUGAGGGGCGGUUACACGAAGUAGCCGCACCAAAUCAUACUACAGACAACGAUCUGAGGGCCGAAAUUGCUGAACUCAAACAACGCUUCGAGAAAGUAAUGAACACCGAGAAGUCCCGAGCGCGCUCCAGAUCAAGAACACCGGCGCGACCUUAUAACACAAAUGCAGCUAACCUGUGCUGGUAUCAUGCCAAAUUCGGAACAGAAGCUAAGAAAUGUCGCCAACCGUGUAAAUUCACUCAACAAUCAUCGCAAAACAACAAACAAUAG